GCCCGCCACGCCCCCUCCUCAUUAUAUAGCGCAAACGGGAGCUGCACCACCACCCCUCAAAUACCCAGGCACAGGGGGGCUUCACUUCCGUCCUUCGUUCCGGCAGCCGGUACGUGCAGUGCAUAAUAUAUAUGCAAGUGGACGGCCAAGCCCGCUCCCCUGCGACCUAGUUCUCCACCUUAUACCCCCCCCACAUUAGCUUCCUGUUAACCGUGGAACUAGGCUAAGAUAAGCUUCAACGCACGUACGCAGUACUCGAUCCAAAAGGGACUGCAGCUCCUUGGUGACCAUCAGCAGAGAGUUAACUACUUGAUCGAAGAUGAGCAGGAACAAUGGCAAGGGGCCGAAGCUGGACCUGCGGCUCAACUUCUCCCGGUUGCGCGGCACCGGCGCCGGGGGCGGUCCGUCGUCCGCGGCGGCAGCGGCGGUGCCGGGAGGCAGCAACUCUCCGAGGAGGAUGUCGUCCUCGUCCUCGUCGUCGGCGUCGCCGCCGAGCUCGUGCGUGUCGUCCGAGGGCAGCCCCGAGGCGAGCGGCGGCGCCGGCGCGUCGAUGAUCCUGGCGGGCUGCCCCCGGUGCAUGAUGUACGUGAUGCUAUCGCGGGAGGACCCCAAGUGCCCCAAGUGCCACAGCACCGUGCUCCUCGACUUCAACGACGGCGGCGCCGACCAGCGCCACGUCGGCUCCGGCAACAAGGGCAAGCGCGGCUGAUCGAUGACCUGCCGCCAUGACGAUUAUCCGAUGAAACACUUUCCGUAGCUGCGUACUGGAGUAUCCAUCUCUUCUUGUUAGUACUCGUGUUUGUGUUGGUCGUGUGUCGCGUGUUCGUUGGUGUGAUCAAAACGGAAUUAUUCCGUAGACCCGUUCCUCCAUGGACCAACCAGGAGAUACGCGUAAGCUAGCUUAACCAGAUCCCCUGCCUGCAGUGCAGGGGCUUUGGUGGUUUUUGUGUGUGUCGGACAUUAGGGUGCCAAUGGAACGGGUCUAGGUAAUAAUUCCGCGCCGCUUCGAUGUGUUCUCUGUACGAGUGAUGGUGUAGUAGUGUGAUCUCUGGUGAAAGUUGCAUGUGUUGUUUGUACGGGCUGGUACUGCCAAGGAUUAAGAUUUUGUCUUGGAGGUUUUA